AUGGAGGACUGGUUGCAGUAUUUCAUAGGGAACAUAUGGUGGAUCAUCGGCGGCGUCGUCGUCAUCUUGAUAGUAUCAGUUCUUGUCGCUCUUUUCACUCGAUGGUAUGUUCGUGACCAGAGACGACUGGAUCGAGAGAUUGCUGAGGGGCAAGCAUGUCUUACUGCACAGCGUGGCUAUCCGGAGGAUCCCCGUAAUGCGUUUCCCUGGUUUCUAUCCAUGGAGAGAUUCUUCCGGGGACUACCUGACAGAGUCCGUGCGCUGUUUACUCGCCCAGAAAGUGAAGAUCCACAAGCAGUAGCACUCAGGGAGGCGAGAGGAGAAAUCAGGCGACUAAACGAAGUGAUUGAAGAAGAAAGAGCAAGACUCCAAACGGCAGAUGAAGCAAUCCAGAGAUACGCGAAAGACAGGGACAGCCUAGAGGAAAAACUGAAAGAAAUGAAUGGAAAAUAUGCCGAAAUAGGGGUGACAUCCAUGAGAAAAAUCAAUGGUCUAAAUCGAGAAAUCAAAACGAAAAACGAAGAAAUUGAAAUGCUGAUGCGUGUACGCAACCAGGAAGUGGUAAAUGAAGAGGAACCCGGACCGUCGAAUCGAUUGGAACCUUUCGUGGAGGCGCCGGUACAAGAUAGACCCGCAGGAUCCCUUCAGGACACUGAUGAAUCUGACAAAGGAACGGAAAACCAUGCACUCCGCAAUCAACCGGUAAAUGAAGAGGCCCCCGCGAGUUCUGCCGGACCAUCGAAUCGAUUGGAUGAUGAGGAGGCACCGGUACAAGAGAGACCAGAAGAAUCAGAAUCUCCUCAGGAAUCUGUCGAAUUUGACAGCGGAAGUGAAAACCAGAUGCCUGUGGGUGACGCCGAGAGUUCUGCCGGACCUUCGAAUCGAUUGGAGACACCGGAAUCAGCAUCUCCUCAGGACACUGACGAAUCCGACCAAGGAAGUGAAGAAGGCUUCGUGAGCAAGAAUCGCGACGACAAGCAAUAA